AAUCCUCCUUUCUAACUAAACCCCACAAAACCUCCACGAAAUACCCCACCCACCCCCGGCCCCCGCGCGCCCAUGGACGGCCCACCGCGGCCGCCGCCGCCCAAUGCGCCGCUCCGAUCGCCGUCCGCGCCCGCCGCCGGGUGCCGACUCCCGCAUUAGCCGCCCACCGCGGGGAAUUCCACGCCGCCGCCACCGCCACCGCCACCGCGUGAUUCGAUUGGCGGGUUGGUGACCGGAAAGGAAGACGGGGGUGGUUCCCCUUUCUUUUCUCCGUACCGCCCUGCGCGAUCGGUUCGCCGAUCGUUGGUUGGUUGGUCGGUCUGUUCGUCUGCCCCUUGUUCGCUGGCCGGCGAGGCGAUCGGUCCGCCGGCGGCCAUGUCCACGGCAACGGCCAAGGAAGAGGAGGCGGCCACGGCGCCCGCAAUGGGCGGCGAGGAGGCCGCCGCCCGCGCUGCGCAGAAGCGCUACGAGGCCCUCCUCACUGUGCGGGCCAAGGCGGUCAAGGGCAAGGGCGCCUGGUACUGGGCGCACCUGGAGCCCGUUCUCAUCCCGCCCGCCGACACCGGCAUGCCGCCCAAGGCCGUCAAGCUGCGCUGCGCCCUCUGCUCCGCCGUCUUCUCCGCCUCCAACCCGUCACGGACCGCCUCCGAGCACCUCAAGCGUGGCACCUGCCCCAACUUCGCUGCCCUGCCGACGGGACCCGCCGGCGCCUCGGGCUCGCAGCCGUCGCCGACGUCCACGCAGCAGCAGCUCGCGCUGCCGUCCAACUCCACCGCCUCGUCCCCUGUCCCCAUCUCCUCCAUUGCGCCCUCUUCGCCGCGCCACCACCAGCACCAUCACUCCAAUCCGCACCACCACCAACAACAACAGCAGCAAUCCGGCAGCCGCAAGCGCCAUACCAUGCCCCCCGCGUACACGCCAGCGGACCCCGUCUCCCACCAUCACCACCUCGUCGUUGUUGACCCGUCCUCUGUGUACUCUCCGGCGUUGCCCGCGCUGCCGGCGGCCCCUCCGCCACACCAGUCGUCGGCACUCGUGCUCUCCGGCGGCAAAGACGACUUGGGCGCUCUCGCCAGGCUCGAGGACAGCGUCAAGCGCCUUAAGUCACCCAAGGCAUCGCCGGUCGCCUUGAUGCCCAAGCCCCAGGCUGACGCGGCGGUCGCCAUGCUGGCCGACUGGUUUCUGGAGUCAUCGCCUGGCGUAUCCCUCUCCGCCGCUAGCCACCCCAAGCUCCGGGCCUUCCUCCGCCACGUCGGGCUACCGGACCUGCAGCGUGCCGACCUUGCUGGCCCACGUCUCGACGCCCGCUUCGCCGAGGCGCGCGCCGACGCCACCGCGCGGGUUCGGGACGCGCUCUUCUUCCAGCUUGCCGCUGACGGCUGGCGGGAGCAGGUGGUCACUCUCUCUGUCAACCUCCCAAAUGGCACGUCGGUGUUCCAUCGCGCUGUGCCGGUACCCGCCAUGGCGCCCUCAGACUACGCCGAGGAGCUGAUGCUCAACGCCGUGGCUUCCGUCUCAGCCUCAGGUUCCUCCAACGACCUCCACCGAUGCGCAGGCAUAGUUUCUGACCGCUUCAAAUCAAAGGCGCUGCGUGAUCUUGAGAACAAGAACUACUGGAUGGUGAACCUAUGUUGCCAAAUCCAUAGCUUCACCCAUUUGGUGCGGGACUUCGCAAGGGAGCUGUCGCUUUUCCGCUCGGCCACAGCCAAGUCUGCCAAGCUUGCUGCCUACUUCAAUGCCAAACAGACGGUGCGGUCUUUGCUGCACAAGCAUCAAAUCCAAGAGCUCGGUUAUGCCUCGCUCCUUCGAGUCGCACAUGUGCCGUUUAACGGCAAUGGCAGCAACUGCCGUGCGGCCUUUGACAUGCUGGAGGACAUUCUGAAUUCUGCACACCCGCUCCAUCGUGCUGUGCAAGAGGACUCCUACAAGCUCGUGUGCAUCGAUGACUCGGUUGCCCGAGAGAUUGGGGAGAUGGUGCACAGUGAGGCUUUCUGGAUAGAGGUUGAUGCUGCGCAUUCGCUCGUGAAGCUGAUAAUGGAUAUGGUGAAGGAGAUGGAGGCUGAUCGACCUCUUGUUGGUCAGUGCCUGCCGCUAUGGGAGGAAUUGCGUAGCAAGGUUAGAGAUUGGUGUGAGAAGUUCAACAUUGAUGAAGGUACUGUUCUGAAUGUGCUUGAGAAGAGGUUUAGAAAAAACUACCACCCAGCCUGGUCGGCAGCCUUCAUUUUGGAUCCUCUCUACCUUGUCAAGGAUGCCAGUGGGCGUUACCUCCCUCCUUUCAAGUGCUUGACGCCUGAUCAGGAGAAAGAUGUUGACAGGCUGAUCACUAGAAUGGUGUCCCGGGAAGAGGCGCACCUAGUUCUGAUGGAGCUGAUGAAAUGGCGGUCGGAUGGGUUGGACCCGUUGUAUGCACAAGCUGUGCAGGUGAGGCAGCCUGACCCCUCCACAGGGAGGAUGAAGGUCGCGAAUAAGCAGAGCAGCAGGCUUGUUUGGGAGACAUGCCUGAGUGAGCUCAAGUCGCUCGGCAAGGUAGCUGUGCGGCUCAUCUUCCUCCAUGCAACCUCCAGGAGUUUCAGAUGCACACCGUCAAUGGUGCGCUGGCUCUGCGCACCAGGAAGCUUGGCAAGUGGCAACGACAGAGCACACCGGUUGGCUUUUGUUGCUGCAAAUUCGAAGCUAGAGAGGAGGGACUUCUCUAGCGAUGAAGACAAGGAUGCAGAGUUACUCGCUGAAGGGGAUGAUGAUGUGGUGAAUUUACCUGGCAAUGCGGAACCUUAAUCUGCAGUGUAACAAACAUCCCUAUUUAAUUGUUUCUUAUUCCUUUUUUCCAUUUAGCAUUUUGUAGAAUUUGAUCCCUAGGAAUUGUUAGGAUUUUUUGCCACCCUACUCUUUGCUUGGCUCCUAGAAUUUCUUCAUUUUGCCCGUAUUGUUAAUUCUUGCUUCCUCACUCUAGAUUUUGGUGGGGUGGGGAGUUGGGCAUGAGAUGGAGGAGAUGCAUUAUCCUUGAUCAAGUUUGGUUAGCGAAUGACUGUAUUUUGCCUUGCCAUAUAUGAUUCUACCAUACUAUGGGGCCAUUGAGGUUGCAGAGUGACUGAACUGUUUCUUGUCGAUAUGUUUGUAAUCGGUGAUGCUACGGAAUGAAAAAGAAUAGCUAACCAUUCUGGAUCUUCUAUGCAAAUAAUGUUGAUGAUA